AUGAUCCGUAUCGUCCAAAAGGGGAUGAUGAAAUGGAUCUUGCAAGAUACAGCUCUGCUCCAACAAGCUGACAUUGGACCGGCAUCAAACAUAUUCUACGAUAUCUUCGUGGGACAAAAGACGUGGGCUUAUUCUAUUCCAGUGAAUCGACCAAUGCCCCGGAGGAACUACAAUCUCAUGGCGCUCAACGAAACAAACGUUGGUAGCCACAUCUUCAAAUCACUCAGAAAUACUUGCCCUCCAUGA